UUUAUGGUGCUCAACGUAGAUUGUCGUUACAAUUGAGUUAAACGCGGCGCUAAUAAACCAAAAAAUAUAUAAAAAUAAAUAUAUAGAAAAUUAUAAAAAAAAAAUAUUAAAAAAGAAGCAAAGAAAUAAAAAAAACGUUGGAAAAUUUAUAGAAAAAUUGUUUGUUAAAGUUAAAAACGGAAUGCGUGUAGAUAGAAAAUUUUCUAUUUAAGUGAAAAAGAAAACCAAAAAUAAAUCUUAUAUAUCUUUAGAGAAAAUAAAUAAAAAAUUAAUUUUUAUAUAAAAAUAAAAGUUUCGAUAAAGCUUGGAAUAAAAUAAUUUAUUUAGAAAAAUUAUUAAUUAAAAAAUAUACAUCAAAAGCAAACUAAAGUUUUAAAAAUUCUUUAAAAACGUGAUUUUACUAAUAUAAAUCUGCUGCCAGUGAUUUUUGUCUUGCUGUUUAUGGAAAAAAGAGUCUCUAUUGGCAAUAAUACUGGGCUUUACAAACUUCACAACUUGGCGAAUUAAAUUUGUUAUUAAAAUUUUAAAAUAAAAUAUUGUUACGGAUUAUUAAACACUUAAACCACCCACAUCUUUGGCAAACGGAAGACUUAAUUUUCAGCUAGUAUAACAAAUAAACAUUAGACGAAAGAGAAAAGUAGUGUGUGGUGACAGCCAACAGCAGCUCGCCAGCCACAACAUAAAUUGCAGUCAGAAGCACCAUCACCAUUAUUACCACCUACGCUUAAGUGAUUUACUUUUCCCCUUCAGUAAUUCUCGGUACAUACAUUUUGAUAGCCCCAAAGAAACCAAAUUUCAUAGAAACACACAAAACAAACCCAGUUGUCGCCUUCGUUAUAGUUGUAGUCUCUAAUCAUACCAAAGAAGAUGCAGUGCGGUCUAGAACAAAUGAACGAUAGUGAACGUUCACCAAAUCGAACAAAUUUACGGGUGAAUUUCAAUGAGAAGGGUUCGGAAGUUAAAGAGCGUCGUGAAAAGUUCCUCACCGCUAAAUAUGGUUCACAUCAAAUGAGUUUAAUACGUAAACGUUUGGCUGUCGAGAUGUGGUUGUACGAUGAAUUGCAGAAACUCUUCGAUCCGCCGAGCGAAGCCAUUGAUGUGGAUAUUGAUGAAAUUCUAGAUAUGGAUACAGACGAUAUAAGAAGAUCUCAUUUAAUUAGAUUAUUAUCAGUCUGCAAACGCCCGCAAUCUGACAUAUCGAAAUUCAUCAGUGAUCUACUGGAUCGGGCUAAAACGCUGUAAACAUUUUUCUUCAUCACACUUACACCCCCACACUCAAGCAUAUUUCAACAAAUACAACCGAAAAAAUUUACAUUUUAAUUUUAAAAAUAAAUAUAAAAAUUUGUUUAGUUUCUUUUUUUUGUUAAAUUAUUUAUAUAAACUAUUUUUAAAGCAACAGCAACAGCAACAACAACAAAAUAAUAAUUUAUGAAAUUAAGUUUAGUUUUUUAAGUAAAAAAUUAUUGAACAAAAUAAUAUGAAUUAAAGUCUAACAGUCAUAUUGAUAAUAAAAAUGUUUUAAAAAACUUUAUGUAAAAUUUUUAUUAUAAAUAUGAGUGUAAAAUAAUAGCAAAAGAAAUUAAUUCUUUUUUAAGUUUUAGCUACAAAAAAAAAUAUUUUUUAUAUAUUUUAAAAGUUUCAAGAAAAUAAUAAAUUUUUUAGUUUAAUAAAUAAUUAUUUGAAAGAAAAAAUUGUUGAAGUUGAAAAAUUUGUAAUUGAUUUACAAAAGAAAAAAAAUGAAAUUGUAGAUGAUAUGAAAGAUCAAAUAUGUUUUAAAAAUAAUAAUAAUAAUAAUUAAAAUAAAACAAAUUUAAAAUAAUAAAUAAAUAAUGAAAUAACUAAAACAAACCACAAAUUAUUGUAUAAAUUGAGAAAACCGAUCAAAUAAUAAGAGAACAAAUAACAAACUUUUAACCUAAUAGGGUUAAUAGUUGUAUUUGGAAAGUAAUAAACUUUUAAUGAAUUAAAUUUAUUUUGAUUUUCAUUAAUUUCCUUUAAUUAAGUCUAAAUAUAUUAAUCCAAAAUUUUUUACUUAAAACAUUAUUUAUAAAAAAAAUUAAAAAAAUGUUUUUAAGCAAGCUCAGGUUCACUGCCAAAAUGUGUUGAGAAAAGUGUUUUUUACUGAAUAGUCAAUGUAUUUCAAUAUUUAAUAUAUUUGAAAUACAAAAAACAUUCUUUGCCAGAAAAGUGCAUGGUGAAAUAAUUUUUGAAAAUAAUUUACAAUUUAUACUUGAGUUUUAAAAAGAAACAAUAAAACUGGUCUAAAGUUCUUUAAUAAAUGUUUUAUUUUUAAACAAUAUUUUUUGUAAUUUUUUGUUUAAAAUAAAGAAAAAUAAAAUUUUAAAACAAAAUAAAGCCGCAUGUUGCAAUAAAAGUAAUUAUUAAAAUAAAUUGAAAACAAAUUAAAAGAAAUCACUUAAGUCAUCCUCAUUUAUGUUCGUUCUUCAUCCCCCCCCCCCAAACCAAAAACAAAAUAGAAAAAAAUAUUUUUAAAAAUAAAAAUUAAAUUGAAAAGUUUUGAUGAACAAAAUAAAAACGCUGUAUAAUUGUCAAAGUUAUUUGAUUUAGUAGAGAACUUUUAAAAAAGCUUUAGUAGGGAGCUUAGAAAAGAAAAGUUUUGUAAUUUAGUGUAGUCAAAGCUUUAAAAGCUCGUGAAACUUUGUGAAAUAAGUUAAAAGCUUACAAAAGCUCGUAAAUUAACAAAGUUUUAAAAGCUUUCUACUUUUAACGUUAUUAAGUAGAAACAACAUUUCUUUAGAAGAUUUUAAAAUUCAAUAAUUCGUUUUCUUCAAAACUUUUCAAUUUAAAUUAAAUAUUUCCUAAUUGGUGUGUUUUAUGUAUAUAACUAAAUGUGGGUUCUUUAUAGACCUUAGUAAUUACUUUAUAAUAAAUAUAUAAUUUAUAUUUAAAUUUAACUCAUAUAAAACGUAAUAUGUUGUGUAAAUAUAUACGUAAAUUGCAGAGAAUUUACUUUAAUUAAAACAAAACAAAUUUUACAAAAUAAGUUUAAAACAAGCACUUAAUUCUUAGAACAAAAAUAUUUAGCAAAACCAAAAAAAAAGACUUAUUUCAAACCACCACUCUACACCCUGCACUCAAAACUAAACUCUAGAACCUCCUGCUGUAAGGCAAAGUUUCACUUAAUCUAGUUAAAAUAAGUUUAAAAAUCUUAACUAAAUAUUUCAAUAUAUUCUUAAAACUGAGCUCAAUGAUUUUACUUACUAAAAAAAAAAAACAAAAGCAACAGAAAGAAAAAAAUUACAUUUAAA